AUAUCAGUGUAGUGAUGUUAAACCGGUGUCGGUCCAACGGUUUGCGUUGGUUCGUGAUGGCUUCAACAGGGUUGAGCCCCGGUUAACUCUUCUUUUUCCGAUGUAUUCUCUUGCAAGGAUACUCCUUUUCUUUCUCCUAUGGGGUUGACCAGGGGCGAAUCUUGAUGUUAAUAAUGGAUGCAAUAAUUAAAAUUUUCCAUUUUAUCUAAUGAUUUUUUCCUUACUAAACAACCAAAACUGAAAUAAUUGUAGUGGAUGCAUGUGCAUCCCUUCCUGUCUUGGGGUUGACUUGGACAAAGACAGAACAAGAAGUGAAACACACAGACUAAUGAUACUCCAAACACUUCGGUUUUUGUAGGAUCUCGACUAGAUGGAUCUCAAAAUCUUGAAUUGGGAUUGGAAUCAAGAAUCUUACCCAUCUUCUUCUGAUUUAUGGGUUCUCAUCUUCUUUGCUCCCUUCUUCUUUUUUCUUCGUUUGAUACUCGACAGAUCCGUACUCGAGAGAGCUGCUAGAAGAGUGGUGUUUCCUAGAGGAAACUGUGUUGAUUCAAACGGUAGAAGAAAGAGGAUGGUUAAAUUCAAAGAAUCAGCUUGGAAAUGUCUCUGCUCUAUCUCUACCGAAGCACUUGCUCUCUACGUCACUUAUAAUGAGCCAUGGUUUAAAGACACAAGAUGCUUCUGGUUAGGACCAGGAAACCAGAUAUGGCCUGACCAAAAGAUAAAGUUGAAAAUGAAGGGACUGUACACGUUUGUCGGUGGCUUGAAUGUGUAUUCUUUAUUUGCUUUGUUCUUUUGGGAAACAAGACGAUCUGAUUUCAAAGUCAUGAUAGUUCAUCAUAUAGUAACUUCAUCCCUCAUCAUUUUGUCUUACGUUUUCAGAUUUUCUCGUGUAGGUUCUGUAAUAUUGGCUCUUCUCGAUAUCACCGACGUGUUUGCAGAGAUAGGCAAGAUGUGCAAAUACAGCGGCCAAGAGUCCAUGGCUACUGUCUCGUUCAUCCUAUUUUUCCUGUUGUGGACGGCUCUGCGACUCAUCUAUUACCCUUUAUGGAUCCUCUGGGGUACAAGUUAUGAAUCUAUAAACGUGAAACUAGAGUGGGACAAGAAGCAUUCGAUGGAAAUUACUGGCAUAGAAACUGGACUGCCUUCUACAAUGUACUACAUUUUCAACACAUUUCUAUGGUGCUUACAGAUUCUUCACAUCUACUGGUGGGUUUUGAUAUGUCGUAUGUUCAUCAUCCAAAUCCGUUCCGAAGACAAAAUCGCUAGAGACGUCCGUUCUGACUCUGAAGGUGAAGAUGAUGAACACCAAGAUUGAUUGUCUUGACUCUUGUUAUCCAUCGUUUUGCGUAUACCCGUAACUAUAUCUGUUUUAGCUCAAGUGGCAGCUCUUCUCUGUGUUGUAUUUGCAUUCUCAAACUAUAUGAUCUGAAAAAUCACAUCUGUUUUAAAUUUCAGUGCGUGACAAUUAAAAAAAAACUAAGAAGAAAACACACAAAAAAUGAUACGUUGAGAAAAUAACAAAGCUUGGGUACGUAAACGUUAGCCUAAAAUAAGCCUAAACUUGAAACAUAUCCAGACAAAUGGAGAAUGAAUUAAAGACAUGUAUAUUGAAAAGUAAACCCACCCGAUUGAACUCGGUUAAGAGAAAGCCUAAACAAUGACACGGUGUACACUGACAUUUAUCCACAAAACAGUGACCCAAUGAUUGAAAGACACAAUUAAAGUGUUUUUAUGUAGUAUAUUUUCUAAAUAUCUUUAGAAUUUUACUUAUCAAUUAAGAUGUACUUUUAUAUCGUUUUAAUAGUUUUGAAAAAACUGAUAUGCAUUUUCGUCUAAUGAUUUCUUAUAAACUAUAUGUAUGCUUGUGCAUAAAAAAAGGUAUAUAUGUAUGCUUUUUAUUAUUAAUGUGUACCCACUUAUGAUAAAUUAAAGGGUCGUGAAGAGUGCAUGUGAAUGUUACUUAGUCAGCGAUACUUAACAUGUUACUUAUGAUUAGUUGGACUCAACAUGUGGAUCCUAGUUAUUUUGGCAUAAAUUUACAAAAACACAAGCUUAUAUCUGUUGCCGUUUUCAUCUACAAUAUUGUAUUAAGAGAUCAGAGAUCAAUAUAUAUAUAAGAGAUUUUUUUUGUAGAACAAAAUACAAGGGAUAUUUUACCAAAAGUAAGAUUGACCGGUACAUACUACAUAUUAACAUGCGAUUUUCUCCAGAACUGUAGAUACAAUAUAGUAUAAAAUAUGUAAAAUAACACACACACAUAUAUAUAUUCUAUUAAAACUGAAGUACAAAAAAAUAUUUAUCUAUUUUAAGUGAUUUCUUACAUUUUUUUUAACUAAUGUAAACCACUUUAUUUAUUGUUUUUUCCAAAUAAUUCGACUUUAUUUAUUACAGAAUACAAAAUAGAAUUUACCUAUUUUAAGUGAUUUAUAAUAUAUUUUACAUUUUUUUAACUCUUUCUAAUUACUUCAUUAAUUAUAUUUACCAUAAUAAUUCGAUAAUAUCUAUUUUAUGUGUUAACUAAAAUAAUUUUACAAGUUUAAAUGAAAUUCAUUCAUGACAAGAAUUCAAUUGGUUAAUAAUCUUUUUAUUUGUUUGCAGAAUCAAUUAGAUAUAGACAUCCAAAUAUCUGAAUGGGUACCUAUCGUUUUUUAAAUAUCAGAUUUUUUAGUUUAAAAUUAAAAUUUAUUCGAAUAUUAUAAAUUUUCGGAUGAGAUUCAGACUCAGAUUCUUUCAAGUCCGCAUAGGUUUGUAAAAACCUGAUAAUAUCCAAUUACUAGCACAGGUGUACGAAUCAAGCUCCAGUAUUUUUUAAUAGUCAAUAAUUAGCAUCCACAUUCAACUAACCAAAAUUAGAUAUGCGUUGUAAUGCUAGUACAAGCUCCAACCUUUGAAUAGCCGUGACGAUCCUCUUCAAUCUGUAGUAACUCCUUUUUGUUAUAUUAAAUCACAAAAUACAACCAAUGUUGUUUGUAAGAUGCAUAUAUAAAAGAGAGAUAUAUAUAUACACACACUGAUACCUAAAUUCAAUAUUGGUUAAUAUAUAUGAG